GCUGGUUUCAGCACCUCGGACAGCGACCUCUCCGAUAGGCUCGAGCCGGUCGACAGCCAAUGGCGUUAGCGGCGCGGCUGCGACAGCGACGGCCAGCAGCAGCAGCAGUAUCCAGAGCGCAGCCAAUGAGAAGGCGCCGUUUCUCCCCCCCCCCCCCCACAUCCAACCCGAAUAACUGCAGAUGCCCGCAUCAAAGCAACGGGUCUCUCUCUCUCUCUCUCUCUCUCUCUCUCCAUCGCCUCUCCGUCUCUCUUUGACAGGUUUGCAUAGUUGAAGAUGCUUUCCAUUUCAGGAAUUCAUAGUGGCCAUUUUCCUCAGCCUUUGUUUUGAUUUUUUUUUUUUUUUCUAUCAGAGCGAUAUGCUCCAACGUGUUGGUGUGUGAGGGAGAUUUUCCAAGCUUUGAGCGUCGUGUUCGGACGUCAACAAGCCCUGACUGUAGAGAUUUUCGGCUCUCAAUGGAAGACAUCUUCCCCCUCGCUGCGAGCGAAGGAGUGAAGCACAUUUCUCAUCUGCCUCCUGUCUUUCCGCAUCUACGUGCGAGGGACUUUUUGAAACCAAGAUUUAAAAAAUAGCCUUCAUAAAGCAGCAGCUCACUGGGGAAACAAAACCGUGGGCCGUAAGCGCCGGGGACUGUACACUAUCAAGACAGAAUCGUUUUCACGCCCGUGUUGGCGGUGUGGGAAACCAAGCAGAAGGUCUGUAGGCGUUUUCACAUUUUGACCGCAUUUGCCCAGCAGCAAGAAGGGUCAAGGUGUGAUUUAAGCCUAUGGAUUCCACAAGAAGAGCCAAUUAAUCAGAAGGUUUAUCUUCCUCAAAAAGUGAGACACUCUAAAAGCUCUUUGUCUUCCACCACCACCACCACCCUUCUUCUGUCCCACCGCUAACCCUCACACCGGCACCAUGGGCACAGUGUUGUCACUGUCUCCCAGUUACCGCAAGGCCGUGCUGUUUGAAGACGGCCCGGCCACGGUAGGCCAUUACACAGCGGUCCAGAACAGCAAGAAUGCUAAGGACGCUGCCACAGCAGCUGGUAAGUCCCUCAAACGCCCCUCUAUCAUAAAUGUGUUACCAUGGAAACGCAUUGUGGCUGUAUCAGCGAAGAGGAAGGGCUCCAAGAAGCUGCAGUCGGACGUCGGGGACGGCGGGAAAGGGAGUUCUCCAGAAGGCCACGCCACUGCCACAGCUAACUCCAACUCCAAUAGCAUUAAACUGAAGAAGUCUCAGUCCUGCGCUAACCUUUCAUCUUACUCAAGUCAGGAUCCCUCAGCCACCACCACCACUACCUCCUCCCACCUGCCCACCUCCAAGACCCUUGCCAACGUAGUUACUGUCGCUGCCAAAAAGAAUUCCCUCACAGGCAAUGGGAUCCAACCAUCGACUGCAGCAGGCACUCCAAAACGUGUCAUUGUCCAGGCCUCAACCAGCGAACUGAUGCGCAGCCUGGGUGAGUUCCUGUGCCGUCGGUGUUACCGCUUGAAGCGUCUCUCCCCGACUGACCCGGUGCUGUGGCUGCGCAGCGUGGACCGCUCCCUCCUCCUACAGGGCUGGCAGGACCAGGGUUUCAUCACUCCGGCCAACGUGGUCUUCCUCUACAUGCUGUGCCGCGACGUGGUAUCAUCCGAGGUGGCGUCAGAGCGUGAGCUGCAAGCCUCGCUGCUCACCUGCCUCUACCUGUCCUACUCUUACAUGGGGAACGAGAUCUCCUACCCGCUGAAGCCCUUCCUGGUCGAGGCAGAGAAGGAGGCCUUCUGGGACCGCUGCCUGGAGAUCAUCAACCGCAUGAGCGGCAAGAUGCUGCAGAUCAACACCGACCCGCACUACUUCACCCAGGUGUUCGCCGACCUGAAGAACGAGAGCAAGAAAGAGGAGGAGAAAACCAAACUCCUCAUAGGCCUUGACCGAUAAGAGGGAGCUGGGAGGGGGGUAGGGAAGGAGGAAGGAUGGAAAUAUUGACAAAGUAAAGGUUGAGGACGCAUCAAUGUAAAGCGGUGUAGCGAUCUGUUGGAGCAGUAAUGUUGUCUGGCAUCUCUACUGGUUUAUCAUGGACUAUAUUUUAGGUUAACCAAGAGAGUUUCUCGCAUUAAACACAGCGUUUAAAUAAUUUAAUUCAAAUAAUGAGCCACAUAAACACUUGCCUGAAGGCAGCGGCUGGCCAACAGGUCACUUUAACUGCAAGAAAGCAGAUUAAAUCAGGGGUAUUGUUGCAUUAUUUGACAUAAUUGGAUCUGAUUAGAUUCCCAAGACUUUCAGGCCACUUGUUGGUAUCCAACGCCUAGGUCACUUGGCUCAGGAUGUCACCAUAAUAAGCUUUAAGGAAGAGAUAUGCUCAAUGUUUUUUUCACAACACAGACGAGUUAGCCAUGUUCAAUCACUUGCCGUGCGCCCAGGCUAGAGGGUGUGACAACAAAAGGCUGAGUUAGAGCAAUAGUCAAUUUAUCGUUUCUCUCAGAUUUGAGA